AUGCAAUGGCCGAUUGCAAGGUCUCUUCCAACGAAACUUAGUUCCCCCUUCAACACCGAACAGUGGACGAASUCAUUACGUGAUUAUUUUGAUUCAAACUUUACCAAUGAACUAUUGUACCAAAUUGAACACGGCGUACGCAUCGGCYACGAUGGCGUCAGGACUUCCCUCAUUUCACCGAACCACAAAUCUGCCUUAUCUAACCCAAAAGUCAUCGCUCAGGAACUUGAACGCRAAAUUAGUCUUAAACGCAAGAUCGGUCCAUUUCUGAGCCCUCCAUGCCAACAUUUUAUCGGAUCGCCGAUGGGCGCUAUCCCCAAAAAGCGCUCGACGCCUCUCAAAUGGCGCAUAAUCAACGACUUAUCUUGGCCCGCCGGCCAGUCAGUUAACGACGRGAUAAACAAAGAAAACUUUUCAUGCACAUACGAUACGAUYGACACCGCUAUAACUCAYCUAAGACAAUACGGAAAAGGUGCCUUAAUGAGUAAGCUGGAUUUGACGGACGCCUUUCGUCAUAUUCUCGUGCAUCCCCACGACUGGGAACUAUUAGGGUCGACAUGGCCCAUCGAGAUCAACGGAUCAAUUUUUCAAGCUUAUUUUCUCGACACUUUCUUACCAUUUGGACUACGCUCAUCACCAGCACUAUUUUUAAAAUUCGCUGAUACACUGGCCACGRUCAUGCUUCACCGCGGGGUGUUUCCUGUGUGGCAUUAUUUGGACGACUUCUGGACGUGYGGUGCUCCAAGCCCUGCCAAUCACUGUCAACACAACUUGGAUGUUAUGCUAAACGUAUGUCACGAUCUGGGUUUCUCUGUAAAUCCAAAGAAAACAGUUCAACCAUGUACAAACUUAGAACUGUUAGGAAUCGAACUUGACACUACCACCCUUCAAGCUCGCAUAUCAGAAACGCGCCUCAAAGAGACAAUUGAUUUACUCUCAACAUGGCAAAGUCGCACUUCCUAUAUAAAACGGGAACUUCAAUCUCUGAUUGGAAAGCUGAAUUUCAUCUGUUCCGUUUGUCGUCCAGGGAGAACUGUCAAACACUCUACUCAUCACCUUCGUUUAAAUAAACGAUUCUUCAAGGACGUCAAAUGGUGGUUAACCUUUCUUCGCGAUUGGAAUGGCCGCAGCCUCUUCUUCGGCGAUCAGUGGCUCACCAACGACUGCUUACAUCUAUACACAGAUGCAUGCACUUGCUCCUUUGGUGGACUAUUUGGUAAUCGGUGGUUUUGUGGAGCAUUUGAAGCGGUGGGAGUCCCUAAUCGCCGCUCCAUAACUUUCAAAGAGUUAUUCGCAAUCACCAUGGCAAUCACUAUGUGGUCGUCCCAGCUUGAAACUCAAAAUAUCAUCUUUCAUUGCGACAACAAGGCUGUAGUCGAUAUUAUGGCGUCCGGCUCUAGUAAAGGUCGACAUAUCAUGUCACUCAUGCGCUAUCUAUUCUACGUGUGUAGCAAAUCUAACAUAUUUCUCAAAGCUGUUCAUAUACCGGGAAUUGACAAUGCUCCAUCUGACGCUUUGUCUCGUUUGCAGGUAUCUCGCUUCAAGCAACUCGUCCCAGAAGCACAGGCUUGUCCCACUCCGAUCAGGCGUCUGAACUUAGAGACCUUCAAGUAA